GCAGAUGACACAAUGUUAUGUAAAGAUAUAUACUCAUACGAUACUGAUAUCCAGGAAUUUUACAAUAGGUUUUGGUUUCGUUUUCGAUUAAAGACAACGCGGAAGAUCGGCAGCAGUCACUCCGUAGGUUUCACUCUGUACUUCCGUUUUGUGAGAAACUGCGUAAUAAUAAACAACACCUUUACUCCGAUGCAGUAGGUACAUAUGUUCAGUAUGUAGUGAUCAGUUGCUGUGAGACACCGAAGGUUUCGUUCAUCAGACUUUGAGAUGUUGUGUUAUUGGGGAGCGCAGAUCCGAGAGGGCUUCGGUCUGACACAACCUGACAAAGUUAAACAUGUGAAUGACGGAAUACGCUGCGUGUGUCCAACAUCAGAGAUUCAGGACAUGUCAGCAGGAAAAUAUUCAUUUGGAUUCAUCCAGAAUGAGAAAGUUUCGGUGCUGAGACUGAGCGGUGACAACAAUGGCCUUGAUGGCAAAUUAAAACUACUAAACCUGAAGAAAGACCGAAUCAAGUCAAUAGCGUGUGGAGAAUCUGGUGCUGUUCUUCUUGCUCAUGGAGGAAAAGUUUUCAUUAUUAACAAAUCUACUCUGUGCACUCCUCUCAAAGACCUGUCCAACAGACAUGUGAUUCAGAUCUCAUGUGGAGACCAGCAUUCAAUGGCAUUAACCCAGGAGGGUCAGGUGUUUGUCUGGGGUGAGAACUCUCAUGGUCAGCUGGGUCUGGGUGAAGGUCGAUCUGGAUCUCAGACUCCUCAACACGUUCAGUGUCUGGAUGGGGUUCCACUGGCUCAGAUCAGCGCUGGAGGAGAUCACAGCUUUGUGUUGUCUCUCUCUGGUGUUGUGUUUGGUUGGGGGAAGAACUCUUCUGGACAGUUGGGUCUGGGAAACACUACAGACAGGCCUGUGCCAACAGUCGUAAGAAGCCUUAAUGGAAAGAAAACUCAGUUCAUCUCAUGUGGAGGAGAACACACUGCAACUUUAUCAAAGGGAGGCACUGUGUUCACAUUUGGAUCAGGUGUCUAUGGUCAACUUGGGCACAACACACUUAAAGAUGAACCUCGUCCACAAGUGGUUUCUGAACUGUGGGGCUCUAAAGUGUCACAGGUCACAUGUGGGAGACAUCACACACUUGUGUUAGUGGCGUCAUCAAAGCGGAUCUACUCAUUUGGAUGUGGGAUGCAAGGGCAGCUGGGAAAUGGACAAAUGACCAACCAGUCUGUGCCUUCACCUGUACUCCUGCCGGCUGAAUUUAAUGAUAAAUAUACAAUUGGAAAACUCUUUGCUGGGGAAAACCAUUCCUUUGCCCUAUUUUAUAAUGUACCUGGAAAUAAGUCAACCAAACCGAAGUCUAACCAAAGCGGAAAGAUUGUGACAUUAGAUGACAAAUUGAUCGAUCACUGGGCGUCUGAAUGUAAUUCAAAAUCAUGGAAAGCAGUAAAGAACAAAAUUUACAAAGUGUUUUCAUCUGCUGCCUCUCUGAAUGGAAGUUUUCUGAAAACAAGUUGUGAUGAACAUUAUGAGACUUCUGCAGAGGUCUCGGGUUUGGACUUUGAGCUAGUCAAGAAAACAUUUGCCAAAUUAUCAGUGGAUGAAAGGGUGAUGUCAAAGGUUGUGAAGACUGUUCAUGUAACACUGUUGCCCUCUCUGAAAACCUUCAGUGUUGACCCAAGUCUAGUUAGUGUGGAAGUCCUGAGAGUUUAUCUUCUCCUCCCAGAGCUCAUCAGAGUUUGCCAGGAACAACACGGAGCUGAACUUCUUGAAGCAUUCGCUUCCAAAACUCUUCAGCUGAAAUUCGAUGCUCUUAAAGUGUUAGAAACAUACUGGUCCAAACUCCCUGAUGAUUGUUUCAAAGACCUAGUGAAGUUAUUUUGCACAGAAUCUGCUAAGUUGACUGGCAGCAUUGCUUGUGACAAAAUAGACAGGGAUUCACCGAGACGCCUGCAGAUUUUUUUGCAGGUCCUGCAAAUGAUCUAUAAGGUCUGCAGUAGCCACAAUGACAUCACAAGUAGAGAUUUCAUUAUUCACAACAUCAAUGAUCUUCUAGAUAUGCUGCAAACAACUCUGGAAGACAUUGCGUCACGUUUCAUUUUCGAUAAUAUCAGUGAAAUGCUGGUGCUGAGGGAUCACUUUGCUAAAACGAUUGAAAUCUUGGUCAAUUUCCCUUUUGUGGCUGAGACAGCAUCUAAAUGGAGAAUUUUUAAAUACUUACAGGAUAAACUCAUCGGAGAAGACUUUCAAGACCCACAGCUUGCAUUAUUUUUAACUGGCAGCACUUUGAACCUAAACAGGAAUUCAAUAAUGAAGGACACGCUACAGUAUCUCAGACAAGACAACCACUCAUUUCACCAACGAUUGAUGGUGAAGUUUGUUGGUGAGGAUGGAAUAGAUGAAGGGGCUCUUUCUGCAGAAUUCUUCACCUUGCUUUCACAAUCCUUCCUUACAUGGGAGAAGAAGCUUUUGAAAGUGGAAAAUUCACUGGUGUGGUUCAAUUCUGAGAACACAUGCAAAGAAGAUUUUUACUCUCUUGGCGUCGUUUGUGGAAUGGCGCUGUUCAAUCAUCGUUACAUGAACCUGGAAUUCCCACUGGCAUUGUUUAAGAAACUACUGGACCUGAGCAUCACUUUGAGUGAUCUUGAGGAAAUAUCCCCUGUGGAAGCCAGAAGUUUGAGAAAUCUUCUGGAGGAAGAAGAGGAAGUGGUGGAGAUGCUUUUCUUAGAUUUCACGAUCAAAGGACAAGAGCUCAUUCCAAAUGGUGCUCAGAUUCCAAUAACCCCAGUUAAUCGACAGAAUUAUGUUGAUUUGUAUGUGGACUUCAUUUUCAAUAAGUCAGUGAAGAACCAGUUCGAGCAGUUCUCUGCAGGUUUUUCUGAAGGCUGUCCGGUCAAAGCCUGGAAAAUGUUUCACCCUGAAGAACUCAGAGAAGUUUUCAAUGGUUCUCCCGAGUAUGAGUGGGAAGAUCUUCAGAAGUGUUCUACCUACCAAGACUAUUCUCCCUCUGAUGAGUCGAUAAAGAAUUUUUGGACCGUCUUCUUUGAGCUGUCUGAAGAAAACAAGAAGAAAUUUUUGAUUUUCAUGUAUGGAACGAGCCGUGUUCCUGCUGGAGGUCUCUCAAAGCUGACUCUGGAGAUUGUGCUGUUGAACACUCCUGAUUCAGAUGAUCAUCUCCCAGAAGCACAAACCUGUUUUGGCACAUUACGUCUUCCCAAAUACAGUGACAUAAACACACUUCGUAACAAGCUAAUACAUGCUAUCAGUUUUUGUGAGGUUUUUGGAAAGGUGUUGUUUAAUGUGCCACUGACGUUUUCAUCAGCUGUGGAGAUGUUGUGUUAUUGGGGAGCGCAGGUUCGAGAGGGCUUCGGUUUACCUGACAAAGUUAAACACGUGAAUGACGGAAUAAUCUGCGUGUGUCCAAAAUCAGAAAUUCAGGAAAUGUCAGCAGGAAAAUGUUUUGUUGGAUUCAUUCGGAAUGGAAAAGUUUCGGUCCUCAAACUGCGCGGUGAACCCAAUGGUCAUGAUGGAAAACUAAAAAGUCCAUCCUUAAAAGACAGUUUCAGAUUAAUAGACUGUGGAGAAUCUGCUGCUGUUCUUCUUACUCAUGGAGGAAAUGUUUUCACUAAUAUGGAAUCUCCUCUUGAGUACAAACCUCUCAAAGACCUGUCCAACAGACAUGUGAUUCAGAUCUCAUGUGGAGACCAGCAUUCAAUGGCAUUAACCCAGGAGGGUCAGAUGUUUGUCUGGGGUGAGAACUCUCAUGGUCAGAUGGGUCUGGGUGAAGGUCGAUCUGGAUCUCAGACUCCUCAACAUGUUCAGUGUCUGGAUGGGGUUCCACUGGCUCAGAUCAGCGCUGGAGGAGAUCACAGCUUUGUGUUGUCUCUCUCUGGUGUUGUGUUGGGCUGGGGGAAGAACUCUUCUGGACAGUUGGGCCUGGGAGACACUAUAGACCGGCAUGUGCCCACGAUUGUAAAAAGCCUGAAUGGAAAGAAAACUCAGUUCAUCUCAUGUGGAGGAGAACACACUGCAACUUUAUCAAAGGGAGGCACUGUGUUCACAUUUGGGUCGGGAGUUUUGGGUCAACUUGGACACAACUCAUUUAAAGAUGAACAUCUUCCACGAGUGGUUGAAGUGUGGAGUUCUAAAGUAUCACAGGUCACAUGUGGGAGACAUCACACACUUGUGUUAGUGGCGUCAUCAAAGCAGAUCUAUUCAUUUGGAUGUGGGACGCAAGGGCAGCUGGGAAAUGGACAAAUGACCAACCAGUCUGUGCCAUCACCAGUACACCUCCCAGCUGAAUUUUAUGAUGAAUAUGCAAUUGGAAAAGUCAUUGCUGGGGAGAACCAUUCCUUUGCCUUGUUCCAUAAGGUACAUGAAAAUGAGUCAACAAAUCUUGAGCCCGAUCAAAGCAGAAGGAUUGUGACAUUAGAUGACAAAAUGAUCGACCAAUGGGUGUCUGAAUGUGAUUCAAAUGCAUGGAAAACAACACAAAAGAAAAUAAGCAAAGUCUUCUCAUCUGCUGCCUGUUUGAAUGGAAGUUUUCUGAAAACAAGUUGUGAUAAGCAUUACCAGACUUCUGCUGAGUUCUGUGGUUUGGAUUUUGACCUGAUCAAGAAAUCAUUUGCAAAAUUAGCAGUGAAUAAAAGGGUGAUGUCAAAGGUUGUGGAGACUGUUGGGAAUGCAACGUUGCCGGCUAGUCCAGCUAGUGUGGAAGCUCUGAGAGUUUAUCUUCUCCUCCCAGAGCUCAUCAGAGUCUGCCAGAGACCACACAGAGCUAAACUUCUUGAAGUGCUCGCCUCCAAUAUCGUUCAGCUGAAUUCUGAUGCUCUUAAAGUGUUAGAAACGUACUGGUCCAAACUCCCUGACGAUUGUCUCAAAGGCCUGGUGAAGUUAUUUCGCAAAGAAACUUCAAAGUCAAUUGGCAGGAUUGCGGUUGACGAAAUAAACUUGAACGCACCGAAACGUUUGGAGCAACUUGCCCAGGUCCUGCAGAUGGUCUAUAAGGUCUGCUGCAAUGCCCACAACAAAAUCACAAAAAGUCAUUUCAUCAUCAAUGAGAUUAAUGAUCUACUUGAUACGCUUCAAUCCAUCACUGAAAAUUUAAACAACAAAUGGAGGUUGCAUAACUCGAACGGAAUCCUUCCAGCAUUGAAGGACUACUAUGAUCAAACGUUAAAGAAGCUAAAUUUGUUUCCAUGCAUCUUUAGCCUGGAAGCCAAAUGCAGGGUUAUGAAAAACACAUCACAUUUGAGUUUUUAUGAGCUGGUGUUAAGACGCACAGCACUUCUUGACGAUUGCUUCAGGGAGUUGAAAGAAGCCACUGAUCAAGAUCUCAAAGGAUUGCUGGUGGUCCUUUAUGCUGAUGAUGUUACAGAAAGAUCUGAUGUCAACAAGAGGGAUUUUUUCGUCGACGCGAUGAAGGAGUUGCGUAAACCGGACUCUCAGUUCUUCAUGUACAAUGACAACAAAAUGAUCUGGUUCCCAACACAGCCAAGCGUGGAGAAGGAGAAGUACUUACUGCUUGGGAUUUUGUGUGGUUUGGCCGUCAACAACAGUUGUGUUGUGCACCUGCCCUUUCCUUUAGCCUUAUUCAAAAAACUUCUCAACGUCAAACCAACUCUUCAAGACCUGAAGGAGUUUGACCCAGUUCUUGGCCAAAGUUUGGAGGAUGUUCUCAAGUACAGCUAUGAUGAUUUUGAAAAAACGAAAAGGACGCUCACGGUCACAUGGGAUGGAAGAGAGGUGGAAUUGGAUCCUACUAAUCCAGGAAACAUUUUUACAAAUUCUAACAAAACAGAAUUUGUGGAAAAUUGUGUGGAUUACGCCUUGAAUAAAUCUGUGGAGGACGUGUUUGAAGAAUUCAAGACAGGCUUUUUCAAAGGAUGUGACAGAGACUUGGUGGUGAUGUUUGAACCCGAGGAGCUGAGAGGGUUGCUGUUGGGCAAUGAAGACUAUGACUGGGACAUACUCAAACAGAACACAACAUAUGAAGGAUUGCUUUCUGCCGAGCAUUUGACCGUCAUCUCAUUCUGGAAGGUGUUUGAAGAACUUACAUCUAACCAAAAGAAGACUUUCCUAUUGUUCUUGACGGGUUUCGAGCGAGUUCCCAUUCUGGGUAUGAGUCAGGUGAAGAUGAGAGUGAGGAACCUGUUUAACUCAACUGAGGAACAUCUACCACAGGCCCUGACGUGUCAUUCCCUGUUAGAACUUCCUAUUCAUCAAGGCAGAGCGAAACUUAAGGAGAAACUCAUCGAAGCCCUCAACCACUGCAGGAGGGGUUUCUGGGAGGAAUGAGUUGUUGUGAUUUUAAAGUGAUAGUGAACUCCCAAAAAUAAAAAUUCUGUCAUUAUUUACUUACCCUUUCGUAAAUUCAAACCGAGUUUUUUUUCCGCAGAACACAAAAGAAGAUAUUUUGAAAAAUGUUGUUAACUGGACCCCAUUCACUUUUAUUUAUUUUGUGUCCAUACAAUAGAUAUGAAUUAGGUCCAGUGCUAUUCGUAUACCAACUUUCUUCAAAAAUCUUCGUUUGGUCGUCUGCGGAAGAAAGAAAGUCAUAAAGGUUUGAAAUGACAAGAGGGAGAGUAAAUGUAAUAAAUUAAUACUUUUGGGUGAACUAUCCCUUUAACUUUGGUGCUUCACAUAUUGUCACUUAAAACUUGCCAUGUGUUUAAUGUUAUUGCUUUGAAUAAUCAAAAAAACAGUUUUUACAAGGUAAAUAUUUUCAAGGUAAAAAUAUUUUUUUGUAAAACGUUUACACAUUUAUUUCAGGUGAUAACCUUUGGCACUUUGACAUCAAAUGGGACAAAUUAUGUUAUGUGCUAAUUUAAAAGUUGUAUUGAGUUGUCUUGUUAAGAUAUUUAUAUUUUAAACAAACUGCAGACUUAGAUUUUACAAGCUGCUACUGAUUUCUGAUACUUAAAAAAAAUUAAACAAUGAAAAGAAAUCAAACCUCAUUCAAAUUAGUCUACUGCUUAAACCAAGGUAACCACGUUUAUAUUAUUACAAUGUUUAAAACCCAGCUUUUAAUUCACCCAGUGUGACUUUAAUAAAAGCGAUGGGUCAGUUUUCAUGGGCGUGUUGAUAAAGAAACAAAACAUCACUGUAAAAAGUCAAUUUAUUUGAAAAUAUCCUUACAUGUCUUCAAAACUUUAUUUUGUUGCUUCUUGU